CAGGUGCACGAAAAAAAGUAUUCUAACUUCCAUAAAGAAUCGUUCCAAGCGAAAUUCAGAUCGGACCAAAGUCCAGGAUGCUGGAAAAAAAUGAAUGGAUGAUGGAUGAAAAAGUGCAGAAUGCCGUUCAUUUUGCCGAUGGAAUGGAAACCCUCAAACGUGACAUGAAGUCUUUCAAGUUGAAAAUGAAGCAAAUGGAAGAUUACAUGACGUUGAUCAACGGACCUAUAGGGUCCAACACGGACAAAUUGGGGAUGGGAAACCAGAUUGAAUCCCAAUUCAAGAUUUGGACGACCGGAAAAGAGGCAGCGCAUCAAAAACUCGAUAACAACCUCGUGAACGGCAUGGAACGCUUGAAGCGCAACAUCGCAUACUUCCGGGGGAAAUUGGAGCUGAUGGAAAGAACCACUUCGCCCAUCGACAGAAAUGCUGGACGUGAGAUCGGAGGAGAGAAUGGUUUUGCCAAGCCAUCUCACCACAAAUCCAAUAAUUUUUCCGAACGAGGUGGAUACUGGAAAGAAUCACGAUUCCUCCAGCAUGAGCUGAGGGGAUUCAUGAAAGUCUGCCACACGUUUUAUGCAGACUUAACGAUGCCGAUGGGAGCCAAUUCGUUUGUCAUGUACCUUAUGUUGUCAUACCAAAACUUUGGAGGUCAAUCGGGGAGCUUCGAGAUCCAUGUACACUCAAAAGAAGAGCCUUUCACAGAUAGUAUGAAGAACGUGCCAACUACAGAUCAGACUCUGUAUAUCUACAAUGGAAGAAGUUAUUUUCUGAGUCUUUCUCCAAGGAAUUACAUCUCCUUGCCUUCAGGAAGAACGUGCAGUGCAGAUGGUGACUAUAACUUCAGCACGUGCGUGGAGGAUGCAGUAGCCAACAAAUUCCUGAAGGAUGCCCCAUGCCUCCUGCCUUUUGUGGUACCUGAGGAUCAGGCAAGCAUGAAGUCGCUUUGCAGCACCUCUGACGACUUUGGACAAUAUGUCGACUUUUAUGAAGAUGUCAAGCAGAGUUUCUCCCCUGGCUGUCUGAUGACGUGUGACGUGACGACAUAUAGCCCUAGGCUAACUCCAGAUGCAUUUUCUGGGUCAUGCGGAGGGAACACAGCGGGAUACUUUGGGAACUCAUACAGCAUCAUCCAAGUCAAUACCCCAACCUCUGAGCACCAACAACAACUCCAGCUGCGAGCUGUCUCCGAAACGAAGUCAAUUUUGACCGUUCUCAGGCUUUUGUACGGCUACGUGUAA